AUGUCUGAUAUUUUACCAAUAUCAUGUAUAUCAUGUAGAAGAAGAAAAAUUAAAUGUAAUAAGAAAAAACCAUGUGAUCAAUGUAAUAAAAGACAAAUUAAUUGUGAAUUUCCUGCAACUUUUAGAAAUAUUAAAAUUACAGAAGAUGAUUUUAAAGAUGUUGAAAAAGAAAAUAAAAAUAAGAAUAACCAAGAUCAAAUAGAGCUUGAGAAACAACAACAACAACAAAAUCAAAAGAUUAAUGAUAAUAGUUCAUCACAAUUAUAUCAAAAUUCAUCAUAUUCACAAUCACAAAAUCAUCCACAAUUACUACAUCAUCAUCAUCAACCUCAACUACAUCAACAUCAACAUCAACAACAUCAACAUCAACCUCAACUACAUCAGCAACAUCAACAACAUCAACCUCAACUACAUCAACAACAUCAACAGCAUCAACAUCAAAUCCAUAACCAGCAACAGUAUCAACAUCAACACCAGCAUCAGCAUCAACAUCAACAUCCACAUCUACAUCCAAGUCAUGUACUAGAGCAGCAACAACAACAACUUCAACAUAAUCAACAACAAAUACAACAUCAACAAAAUCAAAUAUUACAUCAACAAAUGAGAAAUCAACAACAAUUACAACAAAAUAUAAUAGAUCAUCAACAAAAUCAACAAAAUCAAUCAUCUAAUUUACCAAUACAUCCCUCUCCAAAACCAUUAAAUCAAAAUAUAAGAAAUAAUUCAUCAUCUGCUGAAGAUAGUAGUAGUGCAGGAGGUAGUUCAAAUUCUGUAUUAACAUCGUCUGAUUCUGGAAAAAAUUCAAUAACAACUUUACCAACAUCAGUUGAUUUAAACAGUUUUAAAGGAGAUAAUGAAAAAUUUGGAAAUUCAAUAUCAUCUGAUUCUAAAUUAGAUACAAAUUCAAAUUCUAUUGAAGGUGGUACAUCUGAUUCUUCAAGUACUGGAAAUUCUGUUACUUCAUUACCAAUGUAUUCUUUAGGUGAAUUUCAAAAUAAUAAUAAUAAUACCAAUAAUAGCAGGAGACAACAAAUAGAACUGAAUCAAACUCAACAACAACAACCUCAACAACAAAAACAAUCACCUCAACAUACUCAACAGUCACAACAACAAGGGAAUGAUGCUCAAAAUUUUGUUACUAUGAAAGAAAAUUUUGAUAUAAUGAGAGCUGCAAAUUCUCAAUUAAUAGAUGAAAAUAGAGUUUUAACUCAAAGAUUAGAAGAAGUUUUACAAAGAGUGACAGUAUCUGAUUCAACACCAUCUUCAUCAUCUUCAUUACCUACAAGUAGUAGUAGUACUAGUAAUACCACAAAUACAAAUACAUCAUCAACUGCAAAUCCACCAACAACUAAAAAACAAACUAAUGCAGUCAAUGGAAAUGCUGGAACUGUUGGAAAAAGAGAUAGAACAUCAGAUUCAUCAAGUGAAGAUUUACCAUAUAAAAAGGAAAAAGUUGGAUUUUUUGGUCAUACAAAAUCAAGUUUUCCAAAUGAUUCAGCAAGUGCAAAUCAAGGAAUGUAUUCAACUAAUUUACCAUCAAAUGAUAAUACAAAUCAACCAAAAGAAUCAUCAAGUACUUCAUCUGGAGGUAGUAGUAGUAGUGAUGAAGUAAUACAACAAAUUUCAUCUGAACAGCAACCAUUACCUCGUGAAUUAAAAACUUCUCAACAACAAAGAAAAUUACAUAAAUUAAAAAGAUCUAAAAAUUCUAUAACUGGUCAUGGUGGAAAUGAAUCAAAUCAAAAUGAUUGGGAAAAAGAUAUUGAUGCUUAUCAUUAUCAAGAAACUUUAAAAUCAAAUAAAUUAAAUGAAAGAAGUUCAAAAAAGAAAAGAUUACCAAUUUUACCAUCAUAUUUAUUAAAAUAUGAAGAUCCAGAUAUUAGUACUGAUUCAGAUACUUAUCAAGAUGUAUUUAGAUUAAAUUUUGAAGUUAUAAUGAAUUUAAUUUAUAAAUUUUUUGAAAAAAGUCCAUUUUAUAGAACUUUUAUAUCAGCUUCACAUGUUGUUGGAUUUUUAAAAAAUUAUGAAAUUAUAAAUGAUAGAGAUUGGGAUAAUGAUGAUGAUUUAUUAUUAGUUUAUAUGAUUUUAAGUUUAUCAAUACAAAGAUUAUCACCAAAAGAUUUUGUUGAAUUAAAUUUAUUACCUGCUGGUUCAAUAAGUACUUGUACAAAAUAUAGAAAAUAUUUAACAAGAAAUGUAUUACAUAAAAAUUUUGAAAAAUUAAGAAAUGGUUUAAUUAAUGAAUCAUUAAUGUCAAUACAAUCAUAUAUUUUAUGUACUGAAUGGUAUUUUUUAGAACAAAAAUAUGAAGAAUGUUGGACAAUGAUGUUUCAUACUUGUUCAAUAUCUUAUUCAAUUGGUUUACAUAUAAUGGGUAAUUAUAGAUUACAAGAAGCAAAAUCUGGUAAACAAUUUAAUAAUCUUAUAAGUGCAACAGCUGAAGAUUCUGAUGUUAGUGAUAAAAAGGAAUCUUCAGGUUCUGAUGAAGAUGAUAAAACUCAAGAUGAAGAAUUAGAUUCAAGUAGAUAUAAAUUAUGGUUUGCUUUAAAAUUUCAUGUUUCUGUUAUAUGUUCAAUUUUUGGUAGACCAAAUCCAAUUUCGGUACAAGUUGGAAUGUAUGGAUCAAAUAGUGGAUUAGGAUUUGAUAUACCAAAUAAAAAAGCUCAUAUAUUAUUUAAAGUUGGUGUUUCAGAAUCUUUAAGAUUAUCAAAUUUAAUGUUAAUUGAAAAUUUUAUGAUUGAUUUUACAUUACCUGAUUUAUUAAAUUUAUCACAAAAAUUUGAUAAUGAAAUUAAAUUAUUAGAAUCAACAUUACAAGAAGAAAAUGAUAAAAGUAGUAAUAGUGGAAAUGAUAAUGCUGGUGAUUCAAAUAAUGAUGAUCAAAUGUCUGCAUCAAUUAAUGAUAUAGAUUAUUUAAUGACUGAUGAUUUCACUGGUAAAGAAUUAGAAAUUUCAAAAUUAGAUUUAUUAUCAGAUAUUAUUAUAUUAUAUAUUAAUAAUGCAAAAUUAUAUGAACCAUUUAUAAGUAAAUUUGAAAGUGUUGAUGGUUAUAAUAAAGUUGUUGAAGAACAAAUUAGAUCAAUUUCAGAAUUCUUAGUGUUGUUAAAUACAUUUGUUGAAAAAUUUUUAAAACAAUAUAUAAAUGAUAAUUUAAGAGAUGUUAUUGGUGGUGGUAAUAACAAUACUAAUAAUACUGGAAGUGAAGAUGAUAAACAAAGUGAUAGUAGUAAUAGUUCUCAUGCAUAUCAAGCAUUAAAUUUUGGACCAGUUAAAUUUGGAAAAUUAUUUAAAACUUAUUAUCCUUAUCUUAAUUCAUUUAUUUGUCAAGGUAUAAUAGUUGUAUUUACAUUAUUACAUUAUAAAUCAAAAGAUUUUGUUGCAAAUGAUAAUAAUUCAGUAUUAAAUAAUCAAUUUUUAUCAUUAGUUGAAACAAAUUUAAAAUCAUUAUUAAGUUUUGAACAAAGAUUAUCAACAAAAUAUAUUACUACAUCAAGAAUGUGGUCAUCAAAUAUGGUAUAUUUAAUUAAUAGAGUAUUAAAUUUAAUUAAAUUAUUACAUGAAAAACAAGAAGAUGAAUCAAUUGCUGAAGAAUUAAAAAAUAGAAAAUCUAAAUCAAAUGAAUCAACUCCUGAUAAUUUACCAAAUAAUUUACCAAUUACAACUUCAAGAGGAAAUUUAUCAUAUUUAUUAAAUACAAAUCCAUUUGGUGAUCCAUCACAAUUUGAAUAUCUUAAUGGUUUCCAUUUAAAUGAUCCAUUUUGGUUAACUGUACCUGACAAUUUACCUUAUUAUUUAGGUUCUCCAAGUGAAGAUAUAAGACAACAAAAUAGAUCAAUUGCAGGUUUUAAACAAUAUAAUCCACAAGUAAGAAGUGAUAGUAUUAAUCAAUCAUCAUCAUCAAAUUCAAAUAAUAAUGUAAAUAAUGGAUCCGGUGGUGGUUCAACUAUUUCAAGUACUAAUUCUCAACAACAAUCUGAUAUGUUUGGUUUACAAAAUUAUCUGAAUUGGAAUGAAGUUGGUAAUAUGCAAGGUAUGAGACAAACUCCAAUUAGUAUUUCAUCAUCAAAUAAUACACCAACUGUUAGUAAUAAUUUAACUUCAAAUUUUAAUCCACGCAGAGGUGGUCCAUUAUCAGCUGGUUUACCUCCUCCAAUUCCAACACCAACUUUACAACAACAACAAAAUCAAUCACAACAACAAACUCAUCCUCCAGCUCCUCAAUUUCAACAAGGAAAUCAACAAUCAACACAAUCAAAUCAACCAUUACCAUCAUUACCACAAUUACAACCUCAAUUAACUACUACAAAACAACAUCAACCACAACCACAACAACCAUCACAAUAUAUGCCAAGUUUUGUUGGAGGAGGAUAUAUGUUUCCACAACAAUUAAAUUUCAAUCAAAAUAAUUAUUCAAAUGAUUAUUUUAAUCAAACUAGUAGACCUCCACCAAUUCAACAACAACAAUCACAACAAUCUCAACAACAACAACAACUGCAACAACAAGCUCAACAACAACAACAACUGGUGAAUCAACAGGAUAAGAUGACUGAUUGA